UUGGUUUUUGUUCUGUUCUUAGUGUUUCGUCAUGUCUGGUCGGGGGAAACAGAGUGGUAAGGUACGUGCCAAGGCCAAGACUCGCUCCUCGCGGGCCGGGUUGCAGUUCCCCGUGGGCCGUGUGCACCGCCUGCUCCGCAAGGGCAACUACGCCGAGCGGGUCGGGGCCGGCGCUCCGGUGUACCUGGCAGCGGUGCUGGAGUACCUGACGGCCGAGAUCCUGGAGUUGGCGGGUAACGCGGCCCGCGACAACAAGAAGACGCGCAUCAUCCCGCGUCACCUGCAAUUGGCUAUCCGCAACGACGAGGAGCUCAACAAGCUGCUGGGUAAAGUCACUAUUGCUCAGGGCGGCGUUCUGCCGAACAUCCAGGCGGUGCUGCUGCCCAAGAAGACCGAGAGCCACCACAAGGCCAAGGGCAAGUGAACGUAUCCCAAUAUCAUCCACCGGCGGUAAGGCGCCGCGCAAGCAGCUGGCCACCAAGGCGGCCCGGAAGAGCGCGCCGGCCACGG